UCCAGACGGAUAUGGAUACCGACGCGCGCUCACACAGGUAGCUCAGCCUCACUCAACGCUACUCUUUUGAACAAGUUAAUUUUACCAAUAAAUAUUAAGCCUAUGUUGGUAGGCCUUUGUAUUGGAAGGUACAAAGUGCUCACUUGGAACUUGGGGAAAAGGGGUUCCGUCAUCUAGCAUGGUCACUGUCCGUAUUCGACUGUAGUUUGUUCCCCCGACUGUGCCACAAGGCAUAGCACUUUCUCUGAAGUGUACAUGCAUGGAGGUGCAAUCACAUGAUCAAAGAUGUCUUUGGGCACAUCACAGACUCAAGCACGUCAUCAUGCGAAUACUAGUAAUGAAAAGGAUGUAGACGAUAAUGACAUUGGCACCACAGAUGCCGACACCAGCUCAUGGGAGAGUGAGCCACAUACUGCCCGAAGUGCACGGCAGUAUCACCCUGUCAAAGGGGAGCGCACAAGAAUGGACUCGGAUGAUGAGGACAAUGAUGAAGAACUGUUAACAAAUGGAGGCAUUCCAGAGAAUCCUGUCUUUGGCAAUCAGGAAUUACUUUCAUCUGAAUACUUGAGGAAGACUUUUGGGCUUGAUGGGAUGGAUAGGAGGAAAGAUGCAGAUCAGCAUUGGGGUAAUAAUAAAGAUGCAACAUUGCAAGCACCUCGGGAGCGACAAAGUCAAAAUGAAGCUGGCAUCCAAAAUGGACUCAGGAAGGAUGGGCAUUCGUCUUCUGAUCCUAGGCAAGAGGGAGGUGAUCAGGGGAGUGGUAACUCUUGUAAGGGAGAUAAGCAAGAUAUUGAAGAACUUGACCUCACCAAGGAGCCGAAACCCUCACUGUUUGGGAGAGGAAUGCCAGGGAUGCCACAGGCCAAGUUUUUUAUCAUGCCACCUCUCGGGUCAUUUGCAUCAAGCCCCUUUGGCUCUCUGAUGACGGGCCUGCUGUCAAGCGACGGUGAAGGAUUUGAGAAUGAUGCUGACGUGUCCAGCCAGUCUGAGGCAGAGGAGGAGAGGCCACCCCGAGGGAAGCCACAGUUCUCUCCCGGAAUGGACCAGAGGAGCCAGCAAGAGCGUUGGGAGCAGCUUUUUGGGAUGCUGGAGCAGCAGCAUCGACAGCAGUUGAUCUUACAGCGGGAACACCACGAGCGACAGGUCCAACUUCUGCAGAUGCAGCUCGCCCGCCUGACAGAAGAACAGGAGGAACUCAUCUCCAAGCAGCACCAGGAACCUCUUGGGCGGGGCAGCAAGACACCUGCAGAUCAAAAUCUUCAGGAUGCUGGGAAGCAGUCACAAAGAAGCCAUAAUGGGAAUGAAGGGAUGAGGGUGAUCAAAGAUGAGAAUACUGAGAUCUUAGGUUCAACUCCUUCAGAGGGGGGUGACCAAGGUAAACAUUCUACCUCGGGGGACAGUGAUGCAACACUGGAAGGCUCCCUGGCAGAUGCCAGCGAGACACUUAUGACCACAUGGUCUGACAUUAUUGAACAGAAACAAUCUGAAAAGGAGAGAGGAAGGCUACAGAGUCGGAAGGAGAAAUUAAAGAAGGAGAUGCAAGAGAGGAAUCCCAAAGAAUUAGAAAUGCAGAAGGGCAGAUCUAGAGCACAGCGUGAUCGUUUUGUCACUUUGCAAAGUCAGUUUGAACAACAGCAGCAGCAAUUGCAAGAGCAGUAUGCACGUCAGAUGGAACACUUGCAACAGCAGUGGGUGGAGCUUCAGACCCAGCAACAUCAACAACAAGAAGUCCUUCGCCACCUCCUGUCAAGGCAGCAGGAGAGGAUCACCCAGACACAUAGGCACGCACAAGCAGCGACACAAGCCCGCAAAGCAGAGGAUUCUCGUGGAGAAGGAGAUCCCAGGGACAAAGACAGGGGAAGCCCUACCUCAGACGACACCAGCACCGUGUAUUCUGACUUCACUUACUGGAAGCAGGCUGAGAAGGAUACCUACAGAGCUCUGCCUGACAUGUCAAUAGAAGAUGCUGCAGGAGGACAGGGAGGUCAAGUUCCAGGAACUGUGCAGGGUCGAAGGUUAUACCAUCAGCACUCGCCAGAAUUGUCUGUGGGAAACGAUAGCUGGCAUUCUAGUGAAGGUAGAUCUCCAAACCCUGGUCCUCAAGGAUCUCCUGAACUUGCUGUCCCGUGGUUGGCCAGUGGUCCCGGGCAAAGGUCACCCCAUGCAUCAGGUCAGAGUUCAUCUCCUCAGCGUCCUGGAGAUAACAGAGAGCAGGGAGACGAUGCACAGCUUACAUCAAGCUUGAGAUUGAAUUUACGGGAGAAGCAUGCCCGCCACAUUGCCGACUUGAAAGCCUACUAUGAGACGGAGAUCCAGGAAUUGCAAAACCAGCUGACAGAGGCUGCCUCCCUCCAAGACCACUCCCCCGACAAGGUCAUGAGACGAACCAAUCAGAGGCUUGAGGACAACUGCAUCAAGCAGGAGGCAGCCCUGAAAUCGGCCAAUAGUCGAAUUAAAGACCUGGAAAAUACUGUACAAGCUCUGGAAACAAGACUGGGUGAAACCUAUAGCAGCACAGACUCCUCCGUGGCUACUUUGAAGCAGAAGGUUGACGACCUCAAGCAGCUGUGCCGACAUAAGGAGCUGGACGUCCAGUCACUGGAGAAGAGAAACAGGGAGCUGCAGGUGUCACUGGAUCAGGCCUACCAGCUUCAAGAUGUUCAAGCAAUGGAUGAACACCGUGACCAAAAAAUCCUUAAAAGGGUCUUGACUGAAUACAAGUCCCUGGCCGAGAAGCAUGAGAUAACCCAGGAAUUACUUCACGAUACAGAAACACAGCUCUACGAGUCCAAAGCAAAGAUUGCAGAAUUGACCAGAAAAGUGUCACUCCUUGAGUUUGAGGUGAGACGGAUAGAUUUGGAAAGCUCAAUACUUAAGAGACAAAGUCUGCCUGAGUCAUUGAGUGGAACCAGUUUGAGAUCCAGAACCAGUCCAGGUGCCACACCCAACGCUGCGCCUGCCACCUUGAGAGCACUAGACAGCCACCCACAGGACGGCCACCAUGGCACCUCAGGGACUGCAAAGGAUACCAGGAACGCACAGGAUUCAUCAGCCGUAGCCCGCUCGGUGGAGGAAAGAAAGUUCCUGAGACCCAGUGCCGAUUACAACAUCCUGACUGGAGAGAAGCUCCAAGGGUCACUGAGUGGUAGUGAGAGCCUUCAAAUCAUGUCAGACACGGAAAGCAGUUUGACACAACCUGAAGACAACAGAGACAACUUGGCAGCUCCCACUCACCACAGUGACCUGGGAGUGCCCUUUGACACUGAUACAGAUGAAGAACGCCCCCUAUCGCCCAUGAUGAAAGCGGCACGCCAGUUUGAAGUGUGGAAAGCAGAGGAGACCAGGAAUGCGGCCGGUGGUAAAGGACUGACGCUGAAAGGUCUGAAUGGGACACGUUUAGCCGAUAGACCAGACAGACCGGAGGGACCAAAUAUGCAUCACCACAACCGCAGUACCAACAAUUCUGGUGGUCAUUCCCAUGGCAGCAAGAAAGUGAAAGCGACACUUGAAAGCAGCCCAUUAACCCAGGAUUCCAGCAUCCACAUCUGGCCGGCGUCGGGCGUAAAGUCCACCGGGCGCUCACCCACCGCACCUGGGCCGUCGAAGGUUGGUGCUGCCCUGGCCCACAGCUCUCCAAAGCAGCUUGCCCGUCAGAGCCUGGCCAAGGCCAUUAAGCCCAGGGACCACGACCUGUUUCCUGUGAGAGAGACCAGGAACAGCCCCCAGGAGGCAAAGCAGGGCAGCGCAGCUCCAACAAGACAGUCUUUUGAAAGAGCACCCUCUUUGGUUGGGCUCAGGAAAACAAAGGAAUCACCAAGGAGGCAGCUCUUUGCAGACAAUAAAAAAAGUGAUAACAGACUGGAAAGAGGGGAUAACAUUGCCAAUUCUGUUCUUGCCAAAGUGCGAGCUGGUGAGGUUCAGACCAGGGCAGAUUGGGAGGAGCCAGGCUCAUCAAGCGCUCAACGCAGUCAAACACCCAAGAAACAGACAGAGUCCGGUCUGGACAUCAUUCAACGCAUCAAUGACAACCAGAAGAAACUGGACCAGCUCAUAAUGGAGAAGCGUCAGCUGGAAACCACCCUUAGUCAUAUGCCGAUCUCAGGAAGGGUUUCGAGGCAGACACGACAGGAAGAGGAGCAUCUUGAACAGCGGUUGGAGCAUGUCACCCAAGAAUUGGGAUCUGUGCGGAUGCUCCUUCGGAAGUACAACGCCCUCAAGAGUUCAAUUUAAGCCAUGUAUUCCAGGCAAGGCGUUCCUUUUUUCUUUGUCAUCAAUUUGGUGUGUAUUUUCCUGUGUGAAUUGCACAACAUGCUUUAUGAAAUAAUCGUCAUAGUAUUGAGAAAUUUAUGGUUUUAAUGGGAGGCAUUGGCAUUAUUGUUGACUGCUGUUUGAAGAGAAUUUAUUUUUGAGUCUAACUAGCUUAUAUACAUGUGACAAUACACAAAGGCAUUGCUUCAGUAUUUGAAGAUAAAAGUUAGAUUGAUAAGAUUUGUGUUUUAUCUGUUUUCACCUCUAAGUCCACUUUUUCUGAGUUGGUAGCAUUUUUAUCACGAAUACCUCAGUUUCAACUGGAGAGAAAAAGUAAAUGUUGAGAAUGGGGAACAGAUUUGUUAAACUUUAGUGUUGUCAAAACCAUCAGAAGGUCAAACAUGAGACCAGUCACAUGUAACAGGGUGAAUAAUGACAAAGGAAUACUUUUGUUGCAGUUCAUUUAAAUAGCUUGCGACGAGAGCUCUUGUGUUUAUCUUGUGUGAUCGCGUUAUAAAUGGUCCUGUGGGAUCUUGUGAUGGUUGCUGGAUGUCUCAACUGCAACACUGUUAAACUUUGACAACUUACAGUUAAUUAAUAUGACAUGUGGCUGCUCGGCACUUAGUCACCACCUUUUUGACAAAGUCUCACAAAAAUGUGAAGAUUACAAUUUAGGUAAAUUUCAGCCCAUUAGAUGGCACGGGCUGUCAGACCAAUGAUGUCUUUGAUAUGUUGAGCUUUGUCAGUCUUGAUACCAGAUGAGAAGUUGAAGCUUCAUUCAACUCUUUUGUCUGGAUUUCCUCAGUGGUCUACAGUGUGUUCAAAUACAUUAGCCCAUGUAGCAUAUCCGACCAGGAAGGGAAGUAAGUUACCCACCUCCAAGAUACAGUGCAUGUCACUUUUUUUUAUUGUGUAUGUUAUUAAUAGGAAUUGAAGCUGCCAGCAUUUUUAAAAAACAGUACUGUCACCACUCACCUUUCUAUGGGGAAGUCAUGAGGAUUCUUUCACCAGUGAAAAAAAUUGGAUAAUUAUUUUUAGAAAACAUCACAUUUUGCCCCCCUCCCAUUCGGAGUUGCAGCAAGCAAGCAUGUGCUGGUGCAAGACAUAUAGCUGCAGCAGCAGAGAGUGCUGCUGUCAAUUGUGGGAGACAAAGGCUGUGUCCCAGAGUUACAGCUACGGCUUUAUGUGCCUAUUGAAGCCUGUGGCUUGCGACUGCAGCCACUUCCCAUAGGUGUGUGCUUCAUAUACUUCUUGCCUCAGCCAGUUGAGUUAUUUGUACGCCAAACCUUACAUGUAACUUUGUUUCCAGUUUUGGCUUUGCCUACAUGUCAGUUGCUUAGGGCCCUGACUUCCAGAUAGAGUUGAAACAUGAGUCCACAAUUUUGCAACUGACAUAUGACUGUUUGGAUUUGUAAUCAAAGAACAGAUCUUUAAAAUUAGACCCUCGACCACGAAAAGACCUGCAAAUGGCUUAAGGGGAAAUCUGAAGCCUGUAACAGGUUUUACCAAAGCCCCUUAUUAGUUCUAACAUGCUCGGAAAUUGUUUGCGUGAAUGUUGCCCAGUAUUAUUUUAUUUGCGGGAAGAAGCGAUGUGCGUGUAAAGUCAUGAAGUUUCAACCGCUGUCUUGAAUUAAGCUUAGGGUUUAUUGCUUUGUGAACAAGUCUUUUUCGGCAACCUUUUUCUGCAGAUGUUGCAAAGCUGCAAUUCAAACUAAUUGGCUGUCGAUGUAAUGCUGUACAGUACUUUUGAGUCUUUGAAAACAGUGUCUACUUCAUUAACGCAUCAUUUACUUCUGUUGUUUCUCAUUUCCACUGAAAUACUAUGCAUAGUUUCUAAUCAGUAAAAUCUUUAUAAACAAAGUGCCAUCUUCUUGUCUGGAUGCCUCCAGAAAAAAAUCUACCUUACAUGUUUCAUUCAAGAAGUUCCUAUUGUGUGUGAAUUGUUUUACCUACAAUGUACAUGUAAAUUUCACGCUGAAGUACUCUAACAGUAUGGACAUGUGUGUUUGUGUUGUGUGAACACUGCUUGGAGUUAAUCAUGUAUGAUUAAAAUACAGAGCAAUAAUUAUUGCUUAAUAGACUGUA